UCCGGCUGACUUCGUGGCCCUGAGGCUCACCAGAAAAAGUUUUCUCAGCAGCCCUCGGACUUCUAUAGCUUCCAGAGACAGAGAUACUUUUUUAGUGAUCUCCAACCUUGACCCCUGCAGAGGCUGAGCGAUGGCGUCCAUGGGACUACAGGUGUUGGGAAUCGCCUUGGCGGUCCUGGGCUGGCUGGGCGCGAUCCUGAGUUGUGCGCUCCCCAUGUGGCGGGUGACCGCCUUCAUCGGCAGCAACAUCGUCACGGCGCAGACCAGCUGGGAGGGCCUGUGGAUGAACUGCGUGGUGCAGAGCACGGGGCAGAUGCAGUGCAAGGUGUACGACUCACUGCUGGCCCUGCCGCAGGACCUGCAGGCCGCCCGAGCCCUCAUGGUCGUCUGCAUCCUCGUGGCAGCGGUGGGAAUGCUUCUCUCAGUGGUAGGGGGCAAGUGCACCAACUGCAUGGAAGACGAGACCACCAAAGCCAAGACCAUGAUCGGAGCCGGCGCGGUGUUCAUCGUGGCAGCCUUGCUGGCUAUGGUGCCUGUAUCUUGGACCGCACACAACGUCAUCCGCGACUUCUACAAUCCUCUGGUAGUCGCCGGGCAGAAGAGGGAGAUGGGGGCCUCGCUUUACAUCGGCUGGGCAGCCUCUGGGCUGCUGCUCCUGGGAGGAGGCCUCCUCUGCUGCAGCUGCCCACCUCGCAGCAACGAUAAGCCCUACUCCGCUAAGUACUCCGCCGCCCGCUCUGCUCCUGCCAGCAACUAUGUGUAAGGUGGGCCACUCUGCUAUGUUUCCCAUUACCUCCGUUAUUUUUUUUCUCAUGAGUUCACAACAGCCUGUGAUCUCCUCACUUCCCUCGGGACCUGCCCUGCUAUGGGCCACUAACUGCUGGGAACAGCAAGCCGGGAUUGUGCUAAAUUACUGGCUAAAGUAGCCCUUGCGGAGGAACCAUCUGCCCCGCUUGGACGUAUCUCAAGGCUCCUUACUCCUGCAAGGAUGGAU